GACCGGACCUCGAGAACCACUUCCUCUUGUCCAAAUCGCCGCAAUCCAACAUGGGAUCACACGAAGCAAAGGCCCAAGCGUUCUACGGCGCCGUCAUCCACUCGCUGUCAACGCCUGGCCAUGACCUUGAGAUCCUUCCUGCCGCCCUUUUGAUCGUCGAAGCGCAGGGCGUAAUCACUGCCUUUCACAAAGAUGUGAAGCCGGGAGAGGUUGGCAGCCUCAUAGACACCGCCACCACAACUCUUCACUAUCUCUCCCCUUCCCAAUUCAUCAUUCCCGGUUUCAUCGAUACACACAACCACGCCCCCCAAUGGGCCCAACGUGGCCUCGGACAAGGCCAACACAUCCUGGACUGGCUUUCCGCAAUCACCUUCCCCAACGAAGGUCGAUUCCGCGAUCCCUCCCACGCGCAGCGUAUUUACUCCUCCGCUAUCGAUGGCUUCCUUCGACAAGGCAUCACCACCGCUUCCUACUAUGGCUCCAUUCACCCCGAGGCAACCAACAUUCUCGCCGAUCUCUGCCUGGCCAAAGGCCAGCGCGCAUUCGUAGGGAAAUGCAACAUGACGCGCAACUCCCCUGACUAUUACCGCGAUGCGUCAGUCGAGCAGUCCCUUCGAGACACGGAAUCCUGCAUCACCCACAUCCGGAAGAUUGACCCCGAGGGAAAGUUACUGAAGCACGUCCUCACUCCUCGCUUUGCCAUCUCCUGUGACGCCGAAUGUCUUGCUGGCCUCGGACAAAUAGCAGCCAAGAACCCCGACCUGCCUAUUCAGACGCACUUCAACGAAGCAGAGCAGGAGAUUACCGCUACCCGCGAACUCUUCCCUCAGUUCUCUUCCGAGGCCGACCUUUACGACCACUACGGCCUUCUGACCAAGCGGUCCAUCCUCGCGCACUGCUGUUACAUGGCCCCCCACGAAUUUGACAAGCUGAAAGAGCUGCAGUGCGGCGUGGCUCAUUGUCCGAUAAGCAACAUGACAGUGGGCGGCGGGUUCAUGGCCGCUCCUAUCCGGGAGUUUCUCAACCGCGGAAUCAAAGUCGGUCUGGGGACUGACAGUGGAGGAGGGUUUUCUUCUUCGAUGCUGGAUGCGAUAAGGCAGGCCAUGAUUGCUAGUCAUGCGCGGGAGGUUGAGUCGAAGGGGAGAGAUAACGGGUUGAAAAUUGCCGAGGCCUUUUACUUGGCAACAUUGGGAGGGGCCGAGGUUUGUUGUCUCGAGGACAAGGUGGGGAAUUUUGAGGGGGGGAAGGAGUUCGAUGCGUUGGUGGUGGACUGGCAGAGGGACGGGGUGAUGACGAUAGUAGAGGAGGAGGACGAAUUGGGUACGGUGUUCGAGAAGUUUGUGAUGACAGGGGAUGAUAGGAAUAUUGUGAGGGUGUUGGUGAAGGGGAUGGUGGUGAGGGAGGUGAAAAUAUGAAGGCGCGCAUGAUAAGAACUACGUAGUGGAGAUGGCCCGUCGUGGAUGGUGGAAGGAACAAUGUUUUUGGAGCAACAAUGAGGUAUGGAUUGGAGCUGGAGAAGCUUAGCUUAUGUUCAGUAGGUCUUUGAUACACUUUUGGGUCGAGAUUCAAAACACUUCGAAGCUCAAACAAUGCCUAACAGACUCUAG